UUUUCAAUGGAGAAUUAUUCAUCUCUUAGUUGUGAAAUACAAAUCAUAAGAGCAAGAAACGUAUCGUUAGGAGGGAAUUUGUUUGUUAGAUGCUAUCUUUCUUCGGGAGAGGAUCAAAGAGUUCAAAUAAACAGCCAAGAAAUCACAUCAAAAUCUGCUGAUCACUUGUUUUGGGAGGAGUCUUUCUCAUUGGAUUGCUCCGGAACUCAAGAUUCCAUUAAUCGUCUCAAGCAAGGAAGUGUCGUUUUCGAACUUCACUCAAGAAAAAAUACUAUUCUUCCAAUUUUAGGUGGUUCAAAAAUGUUGGGAAGGGCUGAAAUUCCAUGGAGAAGUGUUUUUGAGUCAAAAAACAUGGAGAUUGUGGAGUGGGCAAUUAUGGAUAAAGAAAAUGUGAAGCCUAUGGCAGUGCAAAUAGCAAUGAAGGUUAAAAGUAUAAAAGAGACAAUAAAAGUGAAGAAAAAUAUUGAUUCAAAGUUGAGAAGAUCAUCAUCAUCAUGUGCUUGCAUGGACUAUUGUGGGUGUAAUAGUAGUAAUGUUUUUAGUGUUGAUGAUUAUGAAGUCUUUGCACUUGGAGCUGCUCUUAGUGCCUUGUAAGAGUAAAUUACAAAUUAAAAGUGGUGCAAAUUAAGGAGUAGUUUAUAUAGGAUUAAGUUUUUUUCUGUGACUUAAUUGGUUAAUACUUAAGCUAAUGUUUAUAUUGUUAUUUGAAGACCAUCAGGGUUAUGUACACUAUCUUCCUCUCAAAUGAAUGAUAACUCAGAAAAUAAAAACAAAAAUUCAGGAUAUGGAAGUGGUUUUUCAUGUGAAAAAAAUGUCACUCUUUUGUA